UGGAAUCGGAUUAAAAUGUGUAUUUCUUUAAGCAUCAAUGGAGUCAUAAUACAUAGUCAACUCUUGACCGACAUCCGGUCAAAAUUAAGUUGACCUCUCGCUCUCUCAAUCUCAUAUGAACUUCAUCGCAUUAUAUAAAUGCGUCGGAUUAGAUUUUCUUGUUGAUUCAAUAUUUUAUUGCCAAAUUGAAGAUAUGCUUCGCCGGUAUUUCAGGUUGAAAAUGGUGGAAAUGAACCUAUAGUGUGUGUGUGUGUGUAUUUUGUGUCUCUCUGUGUGUGUUUUUAUUUUCUGGGAAUGGAUGAUAGAGGAGGACACGAUGGUGGAUCAUUUGUCGCAGUUCGGAGGAUUUCGCAAGGUCUUGAUAGAAGCAAUGCUUGUCAUACAACAGAUGAGGCUGUUGCAGGCUCAACAGCAUGGCUUGGCAGAAGCCUUUCAUGUGUUUGUGUUCAGAGAAAAGAAGGCGACUCUCGCCCUUCAUUUGAUUUGACACCUGCUGAGGAGGAUUGCUUACAAAGGCUGCAAAACCGUUUAGACAUAGCCUAUGAUAGUUCAAUUCCAGAACAUCAGGAAGCAUUAAAGGCAUUGUGGAAAGCUGCAUUUCCUGAAGAGGAACUCAGUGAUCUAAUUUCUGAGCAGUGGAAAGAAAUGGGCUGGCAAGGGAAAGAUCCUUCCACAGAUUUUCGGGGUGGUGGAUUCAUAUCACUGGAGAAUUUACUAUAUUUUGCCAGAAAUUUCCAGAAAUCAUUUCAAGAUCUUCUUAGGAAGCAAGAAGGUGAUAGAGCCAUGUGGGAAUAUCCUUUUGCUGUAGCUGGAGUUAAUAUCACAUUCAUGCUUAUUCAGAUGCUUGAUCUUGAAGCAGUAAAACCACGGAGUUUUGUUGGAGCAACCUUUCUAAAGUUUCUUUCAGAAAACGAGUCAGCAUUUGACCUUCUAUAUUGCAUCACAUUCAAGCUAAUGGAUCAUCAAUGGCUUGCGAUGCACGCAUCUUACAUGGAUUUCAAUACUGUGAUGAAAUCAACACGCCGUCAACUAGAAAGAGAGCUUUUGCAAGAUAACGUGAACCGCAUCGAGGAACUUCCUUCCUACGGUCUUCUUACUCGAUAGAAUUAUCAGUUUUGUUUGAUUCAUGAAUUUUUACAAAAAAUUAAUAUGAUGAUUACUAUUAAAUUUUGCAAUAUGACAAAGACAAAAGUUUAGUAUAUGAUAUUGUAUCUGUUAACUAAGGGUUUUAUAUAGAAAAGUCUUUAAUAUUUUAGGAAA